UAGAGAUUGGGAGACGGAGGUUGCAGAGAUGGAGCUGAGCGAGCAGCUUUACAACAAGUCAGAGUACAUCGAGACGGCAUCUGGAAACAAAGUCAGUCGCCAGUCAGUUCUAUGUGGAAGCCAAAAUAUUGUGCUAAAUGGAAAGACAAUCAUAAUGAAUGACUGUAUUAUUCGAGGGGAUCUGGCAAAUGUAAGGAUUGGGCGCCACUGCGUUGUGAAAAGCCGUAGUGUUAUAAGGCCACCAUUUAAGAAAUUCAGCAAAGGAGUUGCAUUUUUUCCUCUACAUAUUGGUGACCAUGUCUUUAUUGAAGAGGAUUGUGUAGUCAAUGCAGCCCAGAUUGGUUCCUAUGUCCACAUAGGCAAGAACUGUGUAAUUGGCCGACGCUGUGUGUUGAAAGACUGUUGCAAAAUUCUAGACAAUACAGUAUUACCUCCUGAAACUGUAGUCCCACCAUUCACUGUCUUCUCAGGCUGUCCAGGACUCUUCUCUGGGGAGCUCCCAGAGUGCACACAGGAGCUGAUGAUUGAUGUCACCAAGAGCUACUACCAGAAGUUUUUGCCUCUGACACAGAGUAAGAAAUGGUGGAAAAGCUUCAGUAAAUGACCAGGUUAAGAAAUUACUUUCAAGCUCUCGGUUACUUCAGCACAUAUGUGGCCUCAGCCAGGGUAUAAAAACAAAUCACCAUUGAAGACAUCAAAAAAGCAACCUGUUUAAAACCCUUAAAUUUGCCAUUUUAACCUCGCAAGUACCAACCCUAACUGGUUCUAUUGGAAGCCCAGCUUGAGAGGAUGUGGAAUUGUCAGAAUUGCCUAUUGGAAAUUGUAGUUUGGAGGUGGGGGUAGGAGAAAGGGGAAGAUAGGCAUUUUGGCUGAUUGCUGCUGCCUCAGGAAGAUUUGACUUCAAAGACCUUAAUCUGUAAAUUCAUCUUGGAGUUGAUCUUUCCAUCUUUGGGGAAAUACUGGUGGAAAGAAAAUGCAAUUAGGUUGGUCUGUGUAAAAAACUAAUUUUUGACUUUGAAAAUAAUAAAUCAUCCUUCUUUGUACCCUC